CAAUCGCUCUAGUUCGCUUCAACAUUUCUGCUUUCAAUAGCCACCAAUCUGAAAAUGUCAACCUUGGAUGUUGUUUUGGGGACUCUUGCCCCCUGUCUUGGGAGAAAGUCUAAGCCAGGGAAACACUACAGAACCUCACCAGGCAGCUGUCCCUCAAUGCUCCUAACACUGAGCUGUCCUCGAGUCACCAGAGCUGCCUGGACCUUUCCAGGCUGGCCAACGCCCGGCCCAGCCAUGUUUGGCACAGAGUCCUCAUUAAGCAUGUUUCUGAACACCCUAACCCCCAAGUUCUACGUGGCUCUGACAGGGACCUCCUCCUUGAUAUCUGGACUCAUACUGAUAUUUGAGUGGUGGUACUUCAGGAAGUACGGUACUUCCUUCAUCGAGCAGGUGUCAGUGAGCCACCUGCGCCCUCUGCUGGGCGGCGUGGACAACAGCUCCCCAACCAACUCAAACACCAGUAACGGAGAUGCAGACUCUAACCGACAAAGUGUGUCCGAAUGUAAAGUAUGGCGAAAUCCACUGAAUUUAUUUCGAGGGGCGGAGUAUAACCGGUAUACGUGGGUGACGGGCCGAGAGCCACUCACGUACUACGACAUGAAUCUCUCGGCACAAGACCACCAGACCUUCUUCACAUGUGACUCGGACCACCUCCGGCCAGCUGACGCUAUAAUGCAGAAAGCGUGGAGAGAGAGGAACCCACAGGCACGCAUCUCUGCCGCACACGAAGCCCUUGAACUAGAGGACUGUGCGACAGCAUACAUCCUGCUGGCAGAGGAGGAGGCUACCACCAUCGUGGAGGCAGAGAAGCUCUUCAAACAGGCCGUGAAGGCAGGAGAAGGUUGCUACAGACGCAGCCAACAGCUUCAACACCACGGAGCGCAGUAUGAGGCUCAGCACAGAAGGGACACCAAUGUUCUGGUAUACAUUAAGAGGAGACUGGCCAUGUGCUCUAGAAAGCUGGGACGCACCAGAGAAGCUGUCAAAAUGAUGAGAGACUUAAUGAAGGAGUUCCCUCUCCUCAGUAUGUUCAAUAUCCAUGAGAACCUGCUGGAGUCGCUGCUAGAGCUACAGAACUACGCAGACGUACAGGCCGUACUAGCCAAGUACGACGAUAUUAGUUUACCCAAAUCUGCAACAAUAUGCUACACAGCAGCUUUGCUCAAAGCCAGGGCGGUAUCGGACAAGUUUUCUCCAGAGGCAGCGUCGAGGCGAGGGUUGAGUACAGCAGAGAUGAACGCUGUAGAAGCCAUACACAGAGCUGUGGAGUUCAACCCACACGUCCCCAAAUACCUGUUAGAAAUGAAAAGUUUAAUACUGCCCCCAGAGCACAUUCUGAAGCGAGGGGACAGUGAGGCCAUAGCCUACGCCUUCUUUCACCUGCAGCACUGGAAGAGGGUUGAGGGGGCCCUUAACCUGCUCCACUGUACCUGGGAGGGCACUUUUAGAAUGAUCCCGUACCCUCUGGAGAAAGGCCACCUCUUCUACCCAUACCCCAUCUGCACCGAGACCGCAGACAGAGAGCUGUUACCAACAGUGUUUCAUGAGGUGUCGGUGUACCCUAAGAAGGAACUGCCAUUCUUCAUCUUGUUCACGGCUGGUCUCUGCUCCUUCACCGCCAUGCUGGCCCUCCUCACACACCAGUUCCCCGAGCUCAUGGGAGUCUUUGCUAAAGCUAUUCUUCAUAAGGUGGCCAUUCAUUUGGUUGCGUUGAUGUCCUGGACAGACUCUGACAAUCAUAGACCUGCCUUCAUCAAGACUGGAUGACAGGAGACUAGCCAAGCUCUAUACAAGUUGCAACAUCCUCUAUCAAUUUUCUUAGCACCCUGUUUGCUCCUCUGAACUUCAUCAUGGAGAAAGUGGAGAGCAUCCUGCCAUCCAGUCUGUGGCACCAGCUCACACGCAUCUAACAGUGACCAGCCCCGACCGGACUUGACUGACACACUCUUUGUGCCAAUUUCAUGGAUUAGACGGACAGUGAGGAUGGAUUGGAAGAGAAGAAAGAAGAAAAGGGAAACAUGGAGUUCUGAAUUGCUUUUGACUUUAUUUGAUAUGUUUUCAUUUUGUCUUCAAAUCUCAUGUAAAACCGUUUUUUUGUUGUACAAAAAAAGGUGAUCAAUUGUCAUCAUUAAAGUGGAAAAAGACAUAAAAUAAAGGACUUUUUGUGUA